GCCUACUAACUUUAGUACUCACUAUCUUUCUUCAAUGUCAUUUGAUUUAUGGCCGGAGUAUCUCACUUCUUCCCUUCAUUUACCUCUGGGCAUCCUUGUGUCCCUAUUUUCUAGCAGCUUUGGGCCUCUCUUUUGGUGAUCGGUUCUUAAAUGUGAAUUUCCUGGGUGGCGGAAGUAGUAGCUUGCACCUGCAAUAGGUUCCUCGCACAUAAAUACUUCAUACCGUCUUAAUAUUCUCAUCACAUAACUUUCACUCGAUCAUCUGCUUUCUUCCCAGAGUUAUCUUGGCUUAGCACUACAGCGCGGAUACAUUUCAGCUACCUGACUGUCAAGCACAUUUGCCACCAUGCACGAACUAGAUCCGCUCAUCUCUGAAUACCGCCAUGACAAGAGGCGUCCCCGGGCUGACGAAGCACUCCUCAUGCUUCAGAAGGUAGCUUCCAUAGUCAAGCCUAUUAUGCGCCGACGACAAUGGAAGGUCGGGUUACUGACCGAGUUGAAUCCGCAAGAUCGACAUCUUCUUGGUCUUAAUUACAACCAUGGCCAAAAGAUCUGCUUACGACUUCGUCGUGCUGGGGACGACCGUCAGUUCCUACCCAUGGAUUCUAUUGUAGAUACUAUGCUUCAUGAACUCUGUCAUAUUGUGCAUGGACCACAUAAUCAGAAAUUCCAUGCCCUAUGGAACCAGCUCCGGGACGAGCACCUGGAGCUCACUAUGAAGGGUUAUACAGGCGAAGGCUUCCUCUCCAAGGGUCAUCGCUUAGGAGGUCGCUACAUGCCCGUGGAAGAAGCUCGUCGACGGGCCCGAGCCGCCGGGUCGGGACAGCGACUCGGCGGCGCAUCCAUCGCACGUGGUACAGACAUGCGCCAAGUCAUUGCAGCUGCCGCACAGCGACGCAGCGAAGUGAUGAAGGGCUGUGCCUCGGGCGCCGACAAUAGCGCUGAGCUGGCAGAGGAGGCGUCCAGAAAUGGCUUCCGAACCAAGGCAGAAGAGGACGAUGCGAAUGAGCGAGCGAUCAUGGAGGCGGUCAUCGAUCUCAUUGAGCAGGAGGAGCGCGAGAAGUAUGGACCUUCAUAUAUCCCUCCAAGUCAGGAGAAUCCUGCCGGUCCUCGUUCUACACUAUCCCCGCCUCCGACUGCAGAUGGCAGCAGGCCGGGCGCAUCGUCGCAUCAGCAGAACCCGGAGAAUUUGAUAUCAGACGAUGGGUCGUACAACCAGCCGUGGUCGUGUCCGACCUGCACGCUCGAGAACCCUGCUGAGUUUCUUUGCUGUGAUGCCUGCGCCUCGGAGCGGCCGCGGCCUUCGACGAACCGAUCCGUAUCUGAACCUAUCAUAACCAGUCCGGCCAAUGCAACAGACAAGAGUAAGAGCAAGAGCAAGAGCAAGAAGCGGCCAAUCGGCCAGUCCCCGUCGUCCCCUUCGCAAGGUACUUCCAAGAGCAAGGGCCGUGUCAAAACACCCUCGUCCACGGAGCCAGAACAGGCGAAUAAGCGGCGAUUGGGGCGGACGUGUCGGGCUUGCGGCUCAUUCAUGGAAAUUGAAUGGGCGUUUUGCUCCAGCUGCGGAGCAGCAAAGCAGGAGUCCUAAUCUUGGCAAUCCCUUCGGAGUUUCAUCACUUAGCAUAGGCGUUGGUGUCACAAAUUUUGCUUCGAGAGAGAUACCAUGACUAGCAAUAUUUUCCAUCGAGACUUGGGG